ACAGUUGCGCGGUGGCCAAAGUUUCGGCUUAAAGUUUGGAACACCCGGUGCGUUUUCCUCAGUCUGCAGGGAAGGGGGAAAUGCUCCGAGAGAAGGACGUUUUCAAACGUCUGUGAUUCUGGAAGAUGGGCGUCAUGGAGUUCUUUUCACCAGUAGUAAUCGCCGUCCUGGGAAGCUGUGUUCUUUUCUUAUUCUUUCGGUGGAAGAAUUUGCGUGGACCCCCGUGUAUCCAGGGCUGGGUUCCCUGGAUCGGAGCGGGAUUUGAGUUUGGGAAAGCUCCUCUUGAAUUUAUAGAAAAAGCAAGAAUCAAGUAUGGACCAAUAUAUACCGUCUUUGCUAUGGGAAAGCGAAUGACCUUUGUUACUGAAGAAGAAGGAAUCAAUGUGUUUUUAAAAUCUAAACAUGUAGAUUUUGAACUAGCUGUACAAAAUCCUGUCUAUAACGCAGCUUGGAUUCCCAAGAAUGUCUUUUUUUCACUGCAUGAAAAACUGUAUGUCUUGAUGAAGGGGAAGAUGGGUACUUUCAGCACACAUCAGUUUACUGGGCAGCUGAGUGAGGCAUUCCAUGAACAACUGGAAGACUUAGGUGCCCGGGGGACAGUGGACCUGAAUGACUUUGUAAGGCAUCUUCUUUAUCCAGCCACGGUCAAUACUCUCUUUAAGAAAGGGUUGUUUCCCACAGACGAGAGGAAAAUCAAGGAGUUCUACCAGCAUUUUAAAACUUACGAUGAGGGUUUUGAGUAUGGAUCCCAGCUACCGGAAUGGCUCCUGAGAAACUGGUCAAAGUCCAAAAGAUGGCUCUUGACACUGUUUGAGAAAAGCAAUGAUGAAAUCAAAGCUCACGAGUCAGUAGCAGGCCAUUCCAGGACCCUCGUGCAGGCCGUUCUGGAUGUUGUGGAGACAGAAUCACGUCAACAUAGUCCAAAUUACGGACUUUUGAUGCUUUGGGCUUCUCUGGCCAAUGCUGCUCCCAUUGCAUUCUGGACACUCGCAUUUGUUCUGGCCCAUCCUGAAGUCCACAAGACCGUUUUAGAAGCCAUAUCUUCUGUGUUCGGCACUACAGGGAAAGAUAAGAUUGAAGUGUCUGAUGAUGACUUGAAGAAGCUCCUUCUAAUUAAAUGGUGUGUUCUGGAAGCCAUCCGCUUGAGAGCCCCUGGUAUCAUUACAAGAAAAGUAGUCAAGCCAAUUAAAAUUCUGAGCCAUACAGUUCCUCCUGGUGAUCUAUUGAUGGUGUCUCCGUUCUGGCUACACAGAAAUCCAAAAUAUUUUCUUGAACCUGACUCAUUCAAACCUGAACGCUGGAAAGAGGCAAAUUUAGAUAAGAAUGCUUUCUUGGACGGCUUCAUGGCUUUUGGAGGCGGGAAGUUCCAGUGUCCCGGAAGGUGGUUUGCUCUGCUAGAGAUCCAAAUAUGUAUUAUUUUAGUGCUUUAUAAAUAUGACUGCAGCCUUCUGGACCCAUUACCAAAGCAGAGUUGUCUGCAUUUGGUGGGUGUCCCCCAGCCAGAAGGGAGAUGCCGAAUCGAAUAUAAACAAAGAACAUGACGUCCGUUGGGGCUCAAGAGGGUCAGAACCUUCUGGAAGAGUGAAGCUACCCAGCUACUGCCCUCAUAGCAUCCUGACCCAAAGACAUCCUAGUGACAUACAUGAUUCAGAUCUGAAGACCAUGCAUCUGAUUUCACUGUCAAGAACACAAAGACCCCAAUUCAAGGUUUAGAGAAAGGGUUUGAAUGAUUUUUUAAAAGUUGAUAAAAAAGUUGAAAUUUGGCUUCAUAUAUAGCCAUAUCAAACUUCUGUAGCGGCGUAAAUGAAGGCAGACAGAAAUAAUAAUAAUAUAUUCAGAUUUAAUUGGUGAAAGACUUAUAGAAGCCGAGGUUCCAGUGGAGAACGGGAAAGCAGAAGAGGAGGGGGAGAGCACACCAGCAAUAUUUAUUAGUAAAAAAUAUCCUCAGGCGACCCCGCCCUACAAGCAAGGUGAUUGGCUGGGGCUACCGCUACAAACUUCAAGUAUAAAUGUCUUUUGAAUGGAAAUAUUGGUACAUUAAAUUCACUGUGAAGAUGACAUACUUAAUUCUAUUUUACAAAAAAAGGAAAGAAGGAAGGAAAGAAAAGAAAACUCUAAAGUUUUGGACACUGAAAAAUUAAAUAAUGACUUCCAGGCAUUUUCUAUUUUUAAAAUAUGAUUCUUAACUAGAAGUUGGAAACCUUAGGCUUCUUAAUGUCAAACACUGCAGCCGUGCCUCGCACUGAGAAGUGUGGAGGGAAUGGUGGCUUUAUGACACAUUUGAGGACAGGUUCCUGCGCUGCCCUUGUCCUGCAUAGACAGCACCAUCUUCUCUGCAGGGGACAAUCAGUGCGCAUAGAUUGUGGUGUCGAUUUGUAUUUUAAUCAAGGGGAAGCACUCUUUUGACUCACAGAGUCUUUAAUUAUAGUUCAGCAGUGAUGAUGCACGGUCUUGCUGCUUCUUGUUAUGCCAUGCUCAGUUGCUAUCCCUGGGAAGCAUGCUCUUUUCUGAAGGGAAAUGGAGGAACCCUGGAUAAGGGAGGAGGGAGCUGAGAGGAAACCAGUUCGGAUGGAUGUAUUGCAUGAGAGAUGAAUAAAUAAGAAGAAAAAGGAUGCAUAAAUAAAAGGGAAAAGAUCUCAUAUUGUGUCAGAUACGUAAUUGCACACGAGUCUGUUACUGAAGUCUUGGAACAACGGGAUGUUUGCCAUUAAGUUCUGGAGAGAAAACCCAGCAUGUCCAUGGGAGCAUAUGAUUCUCCUAACAACAAACAGUGGUGUCAUCAUUUAUACUCCAGAUUCCAAUAAAAAUUCUCUUCAU